GACGCAUGCGCAGUACAGACAGGCACGUGCGGCGUAUUUCGUGCUGUGCCAGAGAAGUCCAUCAUGGCGUCCGGUUCAGUGGAACAAACUCCAGCGGUCCACACGCCACCGGGAGCCGCUGCCUUCGACCUGUCCGCCCCGCCGGUUAUCGACGGUUUUACGCCUCAACCCCGGCCUCGAGAAGAAGGUUUUAAAGACAAGUUCAUCCGGAAAACCAAAGAAAACCCUUUUGUUCCUAUUGGUUGCCUGGGCACCGCAGGAGCGCUGAUCUACGGCCUGCGAGCCUUCAAACAGGGGAAGACACGCCAGUCCCAGUUGCUCAUGCGCACUCGCAUCUUCGCACAAGGAUUCACUGUUGUGGCCAUUAUAGUGGGCGUCGCUGCAGCGGCACUAAAACCCAGACAGUGAAACGAAGGUUCAGAGUUCAAAUCUGACCGCACCUUUCCCUCACAGCUCAUGUGAUCUCCAACUGAUUUAACAAAAAAAAAAAAAAGUGCUUUUUGGUCGUCUUAGGUUGUAGACUUUUAUAUUGUCCGGUGUUGAGUGUGGGGAACCCUGCUGCAGAGAAGCGUGUUAAUUCACCCCUCCCCCUUUCUUUCUGGACAUUGUUGCAUCAAGUAUAUUUAUUAUUUUUUUUAUUGAAGAGUUCUUGUGAAAGGAUGAGAAACAGGGAAUGUCAAACAUGGGUAAAUGAACAGGCUGAAAAAAUGUUUUACACUGGAGAUAUUACACUAACUGGCAGUUCACAUGAUCUUGCAACAAAGCAAUCAUGAUUUCAGGGAGGGAAAAAAAAAAAGCCAAAUCUGAAUUGAGAUUUUGUCAGCAAGUAUGAUUUGAGUGAAGCAACAGAUCCAAACUCUCGGCUGAAACGAUUCCUUUGGACCGUUCUCAUGGUGCGCAUGGUCCAAAGUUUGGUCAGUUCCUCAUUCAUAACCUGCAACUCGAAAUAUUUAUCAUUUACUGGUAUACCUCCGCUACCAAGCCUGAUCACUUCUAGAUGCUCGUUUAUCCGUAAGAAAAUCUUUUCCCUAUUCGAAACAAAUUAUAAACUGUCCAAAUUACAAACGCCAUGAGUGCUUUGAUGCAAGUGUGAACAUAAGGAAGGGGGGGGGGUUGUUAAAAGGUAUGAGAACUCCUCGUCUGGAAUAAUUUCAUUUUUCGCUGCACUUUUAUUACUAAAAAGUUAGUCUUGAUUUUUUUCCCCUGUUGCCAGUUGAUAAAGUGGAAUAAACAAUCAACAAUGAAAA